UGUUACUUACCAAUUAUGAACCGUGACAUCUAGUAGGACGUGACAUUUGUAUUACCUUUACUUAUCUAAAACGAAAUAAAUUAACAGAUUUUAUAAAAGUGAAAGUAUUUACAUUCGUGGUGGUUCGUUAAUAUUAAACCGUCGUAAUUGCUGAUUGUGACCACUACUUCUUGGAAAGGAUAUCAAUGUCUAAUUGGUAGAUUAUUUUUAAUUUUAGCCUCAGCAGAGGACAUGGAUUACGCCUUUUUGAUAUUAGUUUAUCAGAAACAAAGAGACCUAAGAAGCAGACAACUAAAUCCUUGUGAUGUUUUAUUCUGGAAAAGUAGAGGAUAUCAGAGCCGUCCGAUUAAUUGGAAAUAUUUGCUUCAGCGCAUGCAUUACUACGGAAGCCAGAAUGCAAGUGAAUAUGAAGAAGAUGGUGAGUAUGAUGAAGACGAUGAAUAUGAUGACGAAGAUGAAUAUUAUGACGAAGAUGAAUAUUAUGACGAAGAUGAAUAUGAUGACGAAGAUGAAUAUGAUGACGAAGAUGAAUACGAUGAUGAAGAUGAAUACGAUGAUGAAGAUGAAUACGAUGACGACGAUGAAUAUGGUGAGGAAGAUGAAGACGAAUCUGACGAGUAUUAUGAAAUACACAGGCUUAGGAGUAACACAAAUAAUCCAAAUAACGAUUUGUAUUGGAUUAAUCUGGGAUAUAAAACACGCCCGUCUAACUGGAAAGAGCUGUAUUACAACUUCGGCAAAUGAGAGGGACACCAGUUACGCUAUUCCAGCAAAGGAUUGAAAAUAAAAGUUGUUUACUGUUGUAACCCGUUUCCUUUAUUUAAAAACCACAACUAUUUUAUGUUGUAAUAUCAAUGUCAAAAGAGAAGAAUGCAGUGACAAUGUCAUUCCCAGAACACCAAUUCAGGAAACGCAAUUAUCUGUUGUUACUGUCAAGGUGGAUCAGACCAGAUCAGCAAUACUCGCUAAAAACCUUGAAAGAGUCUUAGCUAUUUAUGAUAUUUGUGUUAUGUUAGUAAUGAAUUGCGCUCCGCUUUUAUCCUAUACAAAACAAAUACGCAUUUAAAAUGAUUGCAACAAAAUAUUUCCUUAAAAACACUAUAAUAAAAUAAAUAC